CGCCUCCGAAACACACCGGAACCGAGCAGGAAGACCACGUCGAAUUAGCCAGGAACGAGCGUGUGAAGUGCAAGCAGGUAGGAAGGAUGUCGGGGGCACAGGGGGCGCACCCGGUCGGGCAGACGACGGCGACGACGUACGAGUCGGUGGGCGGCGGGGAGAACCGCACGCGCACGGACCUGCGGUCGCGGGAGGACCAGGGCAACAUCCAGAUCGAGAAGGUGCAAGACAAGGUGGAGGACGCCGCGUCGCGCAAGGUUGACGACAGCGCCUUCGCUGCCAGGAAGGAGCCGGGCCAGGCCGGCGACGCCGGGGCCACCGGCACCGGCGCGUGAUCCGGGUUCUGUAGUGCCCCGCCCCGCGCGCGCGUCGCACGACCAUGAGGUAGCUCGGUUUGCGCGCGGUGGCGUCGUGUUGCUUCUGUAUAAGACAGUGUGCGUGUGAGAUCGCAAUAAUAAGAGCUGCUUUCGAGUUU